UUUGUAUAAAUUUUAAAAUUCGAUUCAUAUCAUUUUUGUUAAACAAUGAGCUAUAGCUUUAUAAAAAAAUAAUGAACACUAAAAGAAAAAUUCAAAAAAAAAUUGUGUAAAUAUUUGUAUGUUUUUUCACGGUGAGCAUAAGAUUCACUGUGUCAGUGACUGAUUAAAAAAUGUUCAUAGUUUCCUCAAUGGCACGCUAGAUAUCCCACUCCUAUUAACCCACACUGAUUUGGAAGAUAACAAGUCUUAAAUACCAAAUACAAAAGAUACAACAAUAUUCAAAUAUUAAUAAUUCACUUUACCAUACAAUCGCCUUAGAUAAUGAUCGUCAGUUAACCAAUUAGUUAAUCACGUAAAAAUAUUCCUCCCAUUUAACUACAAUUGAACGCAUUUCAAUAACAUAUUCGUACGGAAUCUAUUCGAAAAGGUAGCAACCAAAAGAAAAAACAAAACAACAAGAACUUUUGAAAACAAUUACAAAAACAAAAUUGCGUGACAUAACAGUUUUGCUGUGAAAAUCGCUGAUAAACAUCAUAAUUGGUUGUAAUGGUACGGUCGCGUUUGUGUAAAUGGUAAGCAAAACGUUACAACACCACUGGAGCAGUUAUCGUGGCCCACCCCGCUUGAUAGUGUUACAAACAAAAAGCCACUCUCUAGCCAAUUAAUAAAACACUAAUUCCGAUACAUGCGGCAGUGUGUGUGUUAAUGGACACGCGCUAGGGUGCGUGCAUGCUCUAAAGUGGUGAUGUUGUUUUUAGUAACACAGCACGGCGUUGAUGGGUAUUUAUGUUUUUAAAGAGUAAUUGAGUCGGACAAACUAUUCAGGCGACCACUGGAAAACAACAAAGCCAACAAGCGACGAAAAACAAAAGCAAAAACCAAAAAAAAACAUAAAAAUAAAAAUUUGCAUUCAACAUUUGUAAAAACGUGUAACACUGAAGAGGCACGCAAGCUCACGUGACGCUUAAAAAGAGACGUUGGAAGUUGAACGCCCAGCAAAAGUGUGUGUGAGCUGUUUUCUUCAAGUGUUCGCUUACGUUUUCGCUUACCUGUAUGAAUAUAAUAUACAAAUGCUUACACUUCUUUUACGAGCAAUGCAAAUUGUUACUAGUUAAUUGUUUGCUUAUCUAUAAAUUAAUUAUAAGUAAGAGCAUACGCGCAAUUUGUUUACUUUGAUUGAGUUUUCAAAUUCAAAUACUCGUAUAAAUGUAUAAACCGGAACCACUCACACGUCGCGGUAGUCUAAGAUCCCUACGCAGCGCACCACUACUUAGCACCGUUUUAGAGAGCACACUCUCACUAACACGCAUCCAUCCGAUAACCUCUCUGGAAUUGCCAGGACUUGAUUAUGCCAUUGAGACUCAGAGUGCUAUAGCUGUACACCAUCGUGAAUUGGGCACAUCCUUGCGUAGUGGUCUUGCAAACGUUGGACAGCCGCUGAGUCGUUCGGGACGAAGCGCUUCGAUACGCCAACUAGGAGAAUAUAAGCGUAAUAUACCAGCAAAACGAUUAUCACGUAAACUCAAGCCCCAUAUAGUUGCCGACACUGUCAAACAGUAUAUCAGUCGGGCGCAGCGCACUACCAAGGGUUCGAGAGAGCAGCAGCCUAACAUGGAGUUUUUACGUGGUGUUUAUGCGUUUAUGCAAGUGAGUAGAUCAUCGGUGUCUCAUGUCAAAAUCGAUUCACCUGUUUUUCGCCUACACACAAAUGCAACUGUUAUUUUAUUAAUAACAUUCUCGAUCGCUGUUACGACGCGGCAGUACGUAGGAAAUCCCAUAGACUGUGUACAUACAAGAGACAUUCCCGAAGAUGUCCUCAAUACAUAUUGUUGGAUACAUUCGACAUAUACAGUGGUGGAUGCUUUCAUGAAGAAGCAAGGCUCCGAGGUGCCUUUUCCUGGGGUUCAUAAUUCACAGGGACGUGGACCUCUCACAAUAAAGCAUACAAAAUAUUAUCAAUGGGUGGCGUUUACGCUAUUUUUUCAGGCGAUUUUAUUUUAUACUCCAAGAUGGCUGUGGAAAUCUUGGGAAGGUGGCAAAAUUCAUGCACUUAUCAUGGACUUAGAUAUAGGAAUUUGUUCCGAAGCCGAGAAAAAACAAAAAAAGAAAUUACUAUUAGAUUACUUAUGGGAAAAUCUAAGGUAUCACAACUGGUGGGCUUACAGAUACUACGUGUGCGAAUUAUUGGCACUGAUAAAUGUGAUAGGUCAAAUGUUUCUUAUGAAUCGAUUUUUCGAUGGCGAAUUUUUGCAAUUUGGCUGGAAAGUUAUAAAAUAUAUGGAGGAUGAUCAAGAAGAUCGUAUGGAUCCCAUGAUCUACAUUUUUCCCAGAAUGACCAAAUGUACAUUUUUUAAAUACGGUUCUAGUGGGGAGGUGGAGAAACACGACGCCAUUUGCAUAUUGCCAUUAAAUGUUGUUAAUGAGAAAAUUUAUAUUUUUCUUUGGUUUUGGUUUAUACUUUUAACGUUUCUAACACUAUUAACGUUAAUAUACAGGGUGGUAAUUAUAUUUUCACCACGUAUGAGGGUGUACUUGUUUCGUAUGCGAUUUAGGUUAGUGCGUCGAGACGCUAUUGAAAUAAUCGUUCGUCGUUCGAAGAUGGGCGAUUGGUUUUUAUUAUACUUAUUAGGUGAAAAUAUAGAUACAGUUAUAUUUCGUGAUGUUGUACAGGAUUUAGCCAAUCGUUUAGGACAUAACCAACACCACAGGGUGCCUGGCCUGAAAGGUGAAAUACAGGAUGCAUGAUAUUGGGAGUAUUAGAAACAAUACAAAAUGCAAUUUGUCGUCUCAAUGUAACCAUCACCACAACAACAAUAACAACACCAAAAUCGCUUUAGCAACAGCAGCAGCACCGGCUUCAAACAAAACAAAAAUCUCACCAAUGCAAUAAUAACAAAAGAACAAAAAAAAAAACAAUGGAAAAAUUUCAAAAAAAAGCGAAAACACAUUUAGGCCAUCGAUAUCACACAGCAUAUAAAAUAAUCCGCCACAAACACGCUCAUCUUUUCCAAAUAAUAAAAAAAACAAAAAGCAAAAUAACAGUAUAAAGCAACACGAGUGCGAAAUCAACGAUUUUAGACUAACCAAAAAAACAAAAACAAAUAGUGUGUGACAGCGACGACUUAUGUAUACAUAUAUGCAUGUGUGCGAAUGUGAGUGUAUCUAGACUACAGAAUUAAGCGUAGCAUACGUAAGGAAUAGCGUUAAGCGGCAUAUUGAAGCAGAAGAUCUCACCUGCAUCCGUAAAUCAUCAGACGCACCACAUACUCAUUGCUUGUCAUAUCUAUCAUAUCAACUAUCGAGAGGAGGAGGAGGAGAACUGAGACGACAACCGCGAAAGAUUGCAUUUUUGUAGUAAACUAGCAAGGAUAAGUGGCAGUCAGCCGACAAAAGGCAACAGCUACUACAGCACAACAACAACAGUGUAUGCAGCAUCCUUCCUGAAGACCGCCUAAGCACACAACACCUACAUACAUGCCUACAUAUAUACAUACAUACAUAGUGUUCUACAGUCAAACAUGUAUGCGCAUGUAUAUACGUACAUAUGUAUGUAUGUGUGGGCGGUAUUGCAGGAGAAUCAAAACACGUUUUUAUAUAAAAUUCUACUAAAAUAAAGCAACCAAAAAAAUCGAUCAUUAAGCAGACAACAUACAAACUUACAUGCAUAGCUGAACAUACCUACAUACAUACAUAUUUUAUAUAAAAUAAAAAAAAUCCAUAAACCAAACAAAAAAAACAAAAAGAAA